AUGGCUUCUGGAAGACUAAUCAAACUCCUGGUUUUUGAACUUCUUGAGUUUGCUGCUUUCUCCAUUCCCACACUUGUGAUUGUGGAACAGUUUGCCACCGCCUAUCAAAGCAGAGCAGGCAGCCCUGAGAAAACACAUUACUGGCUGAUUGUUUCCUGUUCGAUCGCCUAUGUGGCUUCAGUAACUCUACUGAUUUGGGUUCCCAUAAAAGCUAUCUUAUACAAGAAGCAUGACCUUUACAAAAAAAUUAAAGGAUGGAGACCUGUUAUGAUGAUGUGUGUUAUACUCACCACACUUCCCAGCUUCAGCUUUUCUAUCGCAGUGACCGAGGUUCAAAAAAAUAUUAAUGGUCCUGUGGAUAUCUUACCUGAGAAGUUACCUGACCUGCCAGUUUCUCUGGUUCUGACUUCCUUGAUUGUGGUUGAUAUUAUUGAAAAACUCAGGAUAUAUCCUCUUAGAGGGCAGCUAAAGAGUAAUGACGAUAGACACAGUCAUAUGGCUACUUUGCAGGAAAUAAAAACUGUGACGGACCAAGUGAAGCAAAAUGAAGAAAACCCUUCACCUCCGCAGCCAGCCAGGAGGACCCAGGCAUCACUGCCAUCGGCCACAAGGAUGCAGAACCCCACUCCAGUGCUGGCGAGACCCCAAGAACCCUCCUUUCACUCGGGAGUCCUGGGAGAAAUGUCCCAGCAGGACGACCGUGCCCAGAUCUUCCUGUGGAGCUUUGUGCUGUGGUCUGACACUAUAGAAAUGGUGCGCGUGGCUGGCCACCCCACUGUGUAUAAGUCAGGCUGGCUAUACCCAGUCUACAUAUUCAGUUUUAUUUCUCUCCUUCGAAUUAUAUUAACUCCUCAGAACCCUCUUCUGAAUUCCCUGGGCAUCCUUCUCCAGGAUUUACCCUUUAUUUUUGUCAGAGUUAGUUUAGUCAUUGCCCUGGGAACCAUUACUCCUGUACUGGGUCUUUGUAAAAACAUACUAGUGACUCUCUCUUAUGUGUACUUCAAUCACUUAACCAAAUUCAGGGCUUUCUCUACUUUUGAAACGUCUUCAUUCUAA